CGCCUUCAGCACGCGCACCACAAAAAGUUGUUAAAGUUAAAUAUUUUUCGCUUGGUUUAACAUUUUGCCGCUCGGUGUUCUGCAAGUUGCUAAAGAUUUCUGCAAUUAUUUGCAUACUAAUUGGUGGUAAAUAAUACUGUUAUUUGCUGCAAGCGUAGCUAACUUCAGAGAUGAUGACGUCGCUGCAGCUGGAUACGUCAUUGCCGGCGAUAGAUAUACAAAGGAAGCAGGAGCAGGACAAGGAUAAGGAUAUGAAGCCUGCCGAGGAUACGCACACGGCAUCCACAACGCCCACUCGCAUUCCACAUCCUUCUGCGGCCCAUUUCCGGCGUUCCGCCUCCCUGCGCCUGCGCGGGAACCCAUCCGAGCUUGGUUUACGGGCUGAGCACUGUCCAGCCGGCGGAGGCGGAUUCAGUUCCCGCGCCAAGCUCACGGCGAUCCCAGCCAGUCAGAAAACGCGCUCGCACUCGGCUCACUUGAGGCGUAAUCGCAGCUGGAGUAAUUUAGGCCACAAAACGGAGCAGGAACCGGAAGUGGAGGCUUCCGCGGAGGCAAAAGCGGAACAUGCACUAUGCUCCGCCACCGAAUGCCUGUCCCUGGCUGAGGAGUUGGAUGCUCCGCAAGUGGCCAACAACAUGGCAAACAUGGCCAACGGCAAGCCGCGCAAUCUGUCUCUCAAGUUGAACGGCGGCAGUGACAUCAGCAGCAGCAGUGGCACCUCCAAGGCGCCAGCCAGCAUCAAGGAGUCGUCGCCCAGGACUCCCAGGACUCCGCAAACGCCGGCAAACGGAGAAGCAAACGCAGCCAAACUUGAAUCCACAGUAGAGACACCACAAACACAGCCACAACAACACACGUGCAUCCGCCAGGGAAACUGCGUCAAGGCCACUGGGAAACUGUCCACCCUCCACGAAUCCAAGGUUUCGCCCAGGACUCCGCCAGUCACUCCGGAUUCGCCCAGCACCUAUCUGGACGAUGAUCUAGACUCGAUGUACUCGUUCGCCACCACCACCUCGGGACGCUCCACGAUGUCCUGCGAGCACCCCUACGUGGCCAGAAACGGAACCACAUUCAGUGGACGCAAGAUGAAGUACGUGGUGCACUGCUCGAACUACGCGGGUCAGGUGGGACCCGACUAUCUCACGCCGACGCAGCGGGCCCAGCGGCAGAUCCGUCGCCUCAAGGAGCUGCUGUGCAUCGCUCGUCAGGAUCUCGAGCAGAAGGACACGGAGAUACUGCGGCUCACCCGCGAAGUGGUGGAGCUGCGCCUCUUCAAGGCGUCGCUCAGUUCGCCGGAGGAGCGAUCGGCGUCCUCGGAUGCGGUCACCGUGCGCGAGGCGGAGCUGAAGACCUCGCAGGACGUGUCGCCCAUCGUGGACAUGGUGGACGAGGCCAAUGCCAAGGGCAGUCCGCGCCACCAGAGUCGCCAGCCGAAUCAGGCGAAUAACUCGCUGCAGCACCAGCAGCUGCAGGCCAUGCAGAUGUCGGCGGAGAUGCAGAGCUCGUACGCGGAUUCCGGCCACUUCGAGGAUUUAACCAUGUCGUCGGUGCACUCGAAGGACUCGCAGACGCAGAGCGAGGCCUGUGGCACGGCCACGCCGGAUGGAGAACCCGAUGUGGCCUGCGGUGGGGGUGAUGUGGCCAGCAAUCUGGAGAACUACGAGCUGCAGCGCCAGGAACUGAUACGCAUGUACGAGCACCGGAUCGAGGAGCUCAUCCGCAGCCAGGACAGCGCCAGCAGCGAUCUGAAGCGAUCGCACAACGACAAGGUGGAGGCGCUGCUCCAGAAGCUGGCCGAGUGCAACACCCGCUACUCGGACAUGGUGCCCGACUACGAGCAGGCCAAGCAGCGCAUCCGGGAGCUGGAGAAGCAGCUGGAGGACCUGCAGCGCAAGCUCAUCGAGCACGAGGAGAAGCAGAACAAGAUGUACCUGCACAUGUACCAGCAGGGACAGGAGGCGGAGCGCCUUUCUAGAGCAGAUCAGGCUUUGGAAUUGGCACAGCGUCAGCCGGAGAGCAAGGUGUCGAUCAACGAGCUGCUGCACCAGCUGCAGAGCACGCAGGACGAAUUGGAGAACAUACGCGCAUCAGAGUGCAGAAUGAGAGAGUGCGGCAGUAAUAAUGCUCUCCUUACUGCAAAAGAGGCGAUUUCUUUGUGGGUACUUGGCGCGCGUAAGACCAUAUAUCGCCGCCUGCUGGAUGCCCAGAAGAAUCGCACCCAUGUGGAUCCGGAGGUGACGCUGCAAUUCCUGAAGAGCGCUAUCUUCUACUUCCUGACGGACAAGGAGAACUCCCAAGGACAUCUACAGGCCAUCGAAAGCAUCCUGGAGUUCAGCGAGGCCGAGAAGCAGAAGAUCAGCGCCGCCACUCGAACGCCAAAGUGAGGUCCUCGAUCGUCGUUAACCAUUGCGUAUACUUAUUAUUAACACUUAGAUUGCACGCAAAAGUCGGCAAGACGAUGUCUAAGAUUUUGGUUCUCGCAAAAUUUCAUUGUUUUCAAUAUUGGUUUUAAGGCUAGGCUGUCGAGCUUAAUUGCAAUUUUAUUUGGUUCUUUAAAUAAUUUUGUUAAAUUACGAAGGCGCCCUUUUGUCCUUUCUUUGGCAACGAUGUGUAUAAAUUUUCCUAUAAGUUAAUUUCGAGUUACGUAUUUAUUCGGUCUAAGGCUUAUGGCAUACUAGUACGUCCUUUAUAAGAAUACGAAAAAUCAUAAGAGAAAUACAAUUUUACAAAAUCUA